AUGUCGCCACGCCGAAAGGAUAUCUUGCCGGAAGAGAGAUCCUGCUCCAGGACUUCUGUGCAGGCUAGAGACAGCCACCAGCUGCAGGAUAAAUGUUUCGUUAAGAGCAGGCACGGCCGCCCUUCCCAAGGGGUAAGCAACCACGAACUGGAGAAACUUAUUCGGCCAAACAUCUUUACUAUUCAGAUCCGAUCAGGGCUCCUUGCUCUUGCACGUACGACAGAGACACCCUACGUCCUCUUGUGGAGAAGACACGGUGCCUUCGCGGAAAUCUUAACGGCGGUGCCAGGGAGUGAGAACCGCCCAAAUCUCGAAAAGUCGCGACAAGAGAGUGGCAUUCCAACACGACAUACCUUGCUCAUCCCAGCAAGAACGCGACUUCAGACGAUUUCAGACGCGACUCAAGAUAAUAGUAAUACCCCUUCGACACUCAAUAUUGAAAGUAACAUGCCUUACGACAAUCCCAUGGGAGCUUCCUACUCCUCCAACCAUUCCGCAACCUCCUCCUACUCGGACGCAUCUUCAGGAACCUGGGACUCGUCGACUGUUUACACGCCGAUGUCAACACCCAGACGAGGAUCGCCCAACUCUGGUUCCGCCAAGCGAGAGAGCUCAGCUGUUUCGGCUCCGACCCCAGUCUCAACGCCGGAUAGAUACGCCAACAUCAAUGGCUUCAAUGCCAUGAAUGCCUUGACACAGGGUAUGAUGGUAGGAUACCAACAACAGAUGGACUUCACCCCAAGUCAGCCGACUUUGGCCCCCGAAGUCAACAUGCCCCAAGUCAGCAUGGCCGAGAUGGACUACGGGCCAUACCUCGAUUCCUCGUUGUGUAACUCAUUUACAGCAUACGAUGGUCUCCCAUUGUGCGCGCCCUCCCUCGAAAACGAACUAUUCUCGCCCAUGUCCGACAUGAGCUGCCCUACGCCGCUCUCGAAUAGCUGCGUCGUCCCCUCCCAGACGAAUUUCAUGGAUCUAUACACGAUCCAAUCUCCCACCAAGUCUCUGCACCUCAGCAUGGACUAUGAACACGCGAGCCCGGAGUGCGACUCGGGCUUCUCCAUGUCCGACUGCUCGCCGCAGAGCAUGCGGUACAUGAUGCCCGACCCCGGGGAACACCAACUCCCCGACUGCUCCACGCCCUCGCGCCCGUCCAACUUCCGCGACUCUCGGAACGGGAACGACCAUGGCGGCCUGCUGGACUACCAAGUCCCCUUCUACGACAAGCCCACGCCAGCAGACGACUCCGAGCCCAAGACCCCCGCGAGACGCGAGGCGCCAGCAGCCAAGCUCCCGCGCAAGAAGUCAUCAGCAGCCAAGCGCGAAGACCGUAGUGGUGGCGGCAGCGGCAAGUACGGCAGCAUCACGGCCGUCUCGCGGGCCGGGCACUUCUGCAGCCACCCCAGCUGCGGCGGCAAGUUCGUCCGGCUCGAGCACCUCAAGCGCCACGGCCGGACGCACCAGCCCCCGCGCUCGCCCGUGCCCUGCGAGUUCUGCAAGAAGAUCUUCCCGGCCGACCGCAUGGACAACAUCAAGGCCCACGUCCUCCGGCACGCCGUCCCCGGCGCCCGCAGCCGCACCCAGUACCACCCGGACGCCUACGCGCUGUGGCUGAGCAUGGAGAAGAAGCCGCGCAAGGGCUCCGCGGCCGCCGGCUCCAAUAACAACAACAGCACCAACAAGAAGAAGAUCAAGGCCGAAGGCGGCAGUCAGGAGGGCACAGCUGCUAGGUCGACGACUGCUGGGCCCGGCUCGAGGCCUCGUACUGGGCACGCCGGCUGUGGAGGUGCGAGUGCGAGAUCGAGCUAG